CAUGAACAGCUCCAUUGGCAGCGGACGCAUGGAGAUCUAAUUUUGCUCCAAUUUUCGGAGAGUGUGUGGAGGUUGUUGUUGUUGUUGUUGUUCUGCUGUUCCCUUGGUUGUGUGGUGUGCUCAUGCGUCGGGAAUGCCAUGGCCACUCCGAGCGCACAGCAGCAGCACCAGGAUUACUUCCGAUCGGUGAGCAGCGAGUCCACCACCUACAUGAUGGUCCCGGCCAGCGGGCCGACGGCGACGAGGCGCCGGGACGCGCCGUCCAAGAUGUGGCUGGCCAUGGUGGUGAUCGUGGUGGUGGUGCUGCAGAUCGCCUCCACCACCGGACUCUUUCUCUACCUGAACAUGUCCAUAUCACAGGUGCGUAGCCAGGGUGUCACAGAGGAGCUGAAGUGCCUGAGUUUACUGAACGCUCUGGAUAAGGACCAGGACAUCCCCGACCAGCUGGCCCAGCUCUUCGGAGAGCCCUGCAUCAAACUUGCCGAAGGCAUCAAAGCAUACAUCUCCAAGGUGACAGAGAACAUCAUCUCCAAACAAACCUUCAUAGAGGCGAGAACCAUGCCUCGCUCUUUCAAUGACUCGGGGUCAAAGUUCGUGACCUCGGUGGCCCAGAGGCCAUCUGCCCACUUGACCCUCAGAGACACCAGCUCUCAAGGGUUCCCCCCCUACCCGAUCCCCACGCCAGGUCUCCACCAGUCCUGUCGCCAUGUGGUCCGCACGUGGGCCAAUCAGAGCUUCGGAGCUCACCUGCACAACAUGACCCUGUCCAAUGGGAAGCUGCGAGUGCCUCAGGAUGGACGGUACUACCUGUACUCACAGGUGUAUUUCCGUUAUCCAUCCCCAGCAGCCAGCGACGGGAGACCAGCGCAGCGUCAGCCACCAGCUGGUGCAGUGUGUCUAUAAGAAACCUCCUACCGAGCCCCAUACAGCUCCUGAAGGGGGUGGGAACAAAGUGCUGGGCUCCAGACGCCGAGUACGCCCUCCACUCCGUCUACCAGGCGGGCUGUUUGAGCUGAGGGCCGGCGACGAGCUCUUCGUCUCCGUCUCUUCCCCUACCAUGGUCAACGCAGACGAUUCUCCAGCACUUCGGCGCCUUCCGCCUGGACCUCUGAGAGGGAAAAGGAGGGAAGAAGGAAAAAAGGAACAGAUGGAUAAAACAAUGAGUUAGGGGCCUUUUGGAUAUCCGUUGAUUGGAGAAAAAAAAAGUAUCAUUUAGGCUGAGCUGUGGAUCUUGGAUCCUCAAUGUUUGCUUGGACGGAUACACUGAAGGAUGGAAGGACUGGGGUUUGGAGGCUUCGCUCGAGUGAAAGGGAAAAGAAAAGAGUGGAUUUGUCUUCCUUACGCUCCGUUAAGCACAAACCUAACCGUCGAGAUCAAGAUAUACAAAGACACAUGUGCAAAUCACGUGAGGAUAUCGAUUUUCUGCUGAUUCUUGGGGAAGGAAAAUUGCCUUUUGGAUGUCAAAAAGAGAAUUAAACCACAAUAAAAAAACUGAUAGAUGAGAAUCGCCCCCCCUUCCCCUACCCCCCCCCCCUGCACCCCCCCCCCACCAAAAAAAAAUUGAGGCCCCCCUGCUGCCUGUAUCCAAAACUAACACAUGAAUCUCAGUAUAUCUCGCACGGCAGCAGCCUUUUUUGGGGGGAAGCAGUCGGACCCCUUUGGAUUUGGAUUCAAGACCGAAGAAUGUACACACACUAAAAACUCAACCCUCUGCAUCAAAGAUGUGAGGAAGGAUCAGCAGGAGAGAGUCAAAUGAUCAAACCAAAGCAAACUAAUAUGUGGAAUAACUUUUUUUUAAAAGCGUGCAUGAGAGUGCUUGUACAUAUGAGAUUUCGACAAUGAAACUGUGGUGAUUUUAAAAGUAAUUCAUGUGUAUUUACAUUGACUGGACUUUAAACCACUUGGAUUUUGCUGAGGGACUAUGUUCAACACUAGAUCUGUGGAUCUUAUGCAAAGUCAUUUUUUGCUUCUUCUGGAUGCAGUAAUAAGACUGUGAGGAGCACAUAUGAGUGCCUUUUUUGAGUCUGCAAGGAGAGGAGAAUGAAAACCAGGAGGAGGAAGAGGCAGAAAUCUUGUAAAAGGCCAAUAAGAAUGAGCCCAGCAGAAGAAGAGAGAGAGAGAGAGAGAGAGAGAGAGAGAGAGAGAGAGAUACUGAGGGUGGUAUGUCAGCCCGACCAGUCUGUGUUGUUGAUCUCUCUUCUCUCUCUUUCACUUUCCCCUUGCAAUCGCUCUUUUUCUGUUCUGUUCUUGUAAAGAAUGUUAAAUAUCUCGUCUUUCUUGUCCACCCUGUGAAGCUGCAUUCACUUUUAUUUUAAGGAUCAGUUGAGCAACCAAACACAAACACACACAGUACAGCAUGGGAACAAGAUGACAGACACACCAGCAAACAGGCGAGUCGCACAAAUACAGAACACAGGAGGGCAUGGUCCGGGUGGUCCUCAGAUUCAAAGGUUACGAGCCACGUUUGAGCUCGUUGGUAGGAGCUGCUUCACAUUCAAAAAUAUACCAAUAUGUGCCAUACUAAUAUGUUAUUCAACCCAUUUGUGCCCCAAGAUUUAUUAUUAGUUACGAUUAUUGUGUUCGAUUGGUCUAAGUCUUGAAAUUUGACAUACUUUGACAUACAACUUUUAGAUCACAUGAAAAAUCAGACUUUUAUUAUAGUCAAAUUCAGGAUUUUUGAAAAAUAAGGUAAAACAUUGUGUUUAUUAAAAUUAUUAUUUUACACUGCAUAUGUAUGUAUACAUAUCAUUGAUAUUCAACUUCUAUGUCUUUGGGCACACGGGACUACCGCUUUUUCCUAAAAUAUAAUGUCUAUUGCAAAAACAGUAGUUCCAUCAUGUGCCCCAAAGACUGGAUAUAAUAUGAUGAGAAAAACUCACUUUUCAGGCAAACUGUUUGACCGAUUUUGAAAAUAUUCUUCAGAUUUGUGCUCAGGCAAGCCCAGAGAACACUUCCACCAAAACAUGUAAUUUCAGUUGAGGGCACAAAUGGGUUAAAACACCUAGAGAUGUCUAAAACAAUUCUCACUUUUGCACCAAAUGUUGCUGAGUUUUAAACCGAGGCAUCUUUUGUCUUGCAGAUCACAAAUUAAUUAAAGUUGCCACUAAUAUUAAAAUGGUCCGCUGGAAAAUUGACUGCACAGCAAAAAUACCAAAAUAACAUCUGGAUCAAAACAGAGAGACGUGCAUUACUUUAGCAGAGAAAAGAUUAACAUAAAGAAGUGGUUUUAGCAUUUUAUUCGCUUUCUUGCCAAGAAUUUGAUGCCAAAUGAUGCCCCGGAGACAGUUAAGCUUAGCUUAGCACAAAGGACUGGAAGCAGAGGGGAACAGCUAGCCUGUAGGAUCAUUUUCGUCACUCACUUGUCGGCUAGCUGUUCCCCCUUGUUUACACUCCUUGUGCUAAGUCUAGCCAGAGUCAGUUUCCUGUAAAUACUCGUCUGCGAAUAUUAUAUGUUUAAGGCUUUUAUUGUGAAAGGAAAGAACUGAAAGAGUAGAUCUAGUCUGCACUGCCUUUAUCACGGUUGAAAGGAGUAAUAAGUUGCCGUCUUGUUCGGACUACUGAACUCAACCCCUCCACACAAUGGGAUUGGUUGAUGCCUUUAUUUGCGGUGAAAAAAAACGACACUUUUUCGCCGCGUUAAUAUUUGCGUUCUGAGUGAAAGUACUCAUGACAAAACAUAAUUAUUAUGGACCCUGCGAAUUAAUAAAUUAAUUUAAAAAAUGACCCCGGAGCGUGAAGACCUUAAUUUCUGGCAAAUAAGCGUAUUUUCCAAAAUGUGAAACUAUUCCUUUAAUAUUCAACCACCCGCCACUCUUCCGUGCCAGUCAGAAGUGUUUGAAACGUCAUAGUCAUAGUUAGUUAACCUGAUAAAAGUUGCUAACAAGAAAACAAAAGUAAUUUGGGGACACACAACGGAUGGAUAUCUUCAAUAUGGCUACCAGACAGUACACAAAAAACACGUGCAAACAUUCUGGUAUUAUAAACACACCAUACAAGUCCUUGAGUCUUAGGAAAAGACUAACAAGACGCAGAUGAGCAUAAAGAAGGACUUGGAAGCAACGAGAGAGGAUAUUGACAGGGAGAAACCAUGCCACCGACUAGCUACACGCCUUCGUCUCUGGCACGCACAUCUACGCACCACAUACACACAUCACCUCACACCACAGCCAGGCAGACCACACAUCAUCCAGUGUCACAUUGUAAAGACACCAAAUGUACUCAUUUAUCAUCUCAUCUCAGUGGGAGAGGGAGGUGUGUGUGUGUGUGGUGUGUGUGGUGUGUGUGUGUUUGUGCACUUGUGUUUGUUCAAAGAGCUCCGUUCACAUGGACAGUUCAUAAAUCCAACACCACACAUUUCUUUGUUUGUGUACCUCGAUGUGUUUUCCCUGAGAGGAAGGAUUGUCUGCUUACACACCCGUUUAAUAAGGUGACAUCCAGGGUAAGCCCACUUGCUGGGCUCUGUGGCUCACACACACCUGUAUAUAUAUACUCUAUGAGAAGCUCUGGAAACAACAACAACACAUCCUGUAUAUUGUUCUGUGCAAAGCACAAAAUUGAAGGCAAAUUUAAUUAGUUUGAUUGCUGGUUUAGCUGCUUUUUUUGUUUUGCCGGGUGGCAUGCACCUGUCCCGUUUCUGUUGGGCUUUUCUCUCAACCCGCGACACUCCGUCACCUCACACAUACCGAGCUCGCCUUCCUUCUGUAAACUUGAGCCUAAGUGGGUUUAUUAUCCAGGGUGACUUCAACAAUCAUACCCCCAGCCUUUUCUGUCUUGCACUCCACCAACACUAACAGAUCACUGAAACAGGUCCAGCAUGAUGUGAUAACGCAGCGUAACACACACACUCCUGUUACAGCAGCGUUUAAUCCCAUGGGCCAGCUGGGAAAACUCUGCAUUGAAUGUGUCUGUUUGUACUGGACAGUUUUGUAGCUGUGAACAUGUGUAGCACAUUGUUGCUGAGAAAAUAAACCAAUAUUGAACUUU